AUGCCUCACAAUGAGGAUGGUGUGCGCGGCGAGAGGACGACUCCAGAUGCAGAGCCCGUUGCCAUCACCGGCUUCCCCUUCAUUGACCCCGCAGAGUUCCAGCUGGCAGCAGUCAGUUUGGUUGAAGCGUUCAAGCAGAACGGGCAUCGCCAGCACGACUGGGAGUCUGUGCGACUGCUCGAAAGCGAUGAAGCUGCGAUCUUGCGCAUCACCAGGACCGUAAGGCCCAGCAGUGGCAGCAAUGAGCCCUCGCCAGACGGCUCCAGCGAGAUCCCCUCCGACGACGACGAGGUCGAGGAGCACGACGAUGAAGUUUGGACACCUGCGAUAGCAUUUUCGUCAGGAACGCCGUCCGCAGGGACAGUCGUCGUCCAGUACGACAUCGCCCUCUCCCAAACCUAUCUCGUUCCCGUCCUCCACAUCUCCAUCUCCACCAAAACGCCAUCCAGCAACCACCCGAUCACCUCCCUCGACGCCCUCUACGAUCUGCUAGUCCCGCAAGCAUACGCCUCGCAACUGCAACGGGUAGGCGUCGUGGGGGGCAUCUCGAUGUGCCACCACCCGAUAACCUCGUAUCCCGUCUUCUUCGUCCACCCGUGCAACACGGCCGAGGCGCUGCAGGCAGCGCUCCCGUCAGCACAAUCAAAGGCACAGCCAGAACAUCAGCCAAGACCUCAGCCAACGGAGCAGUCAGAAGAUGGGCUCAGCGAGCGGGCAGAUGCACGGCCAGAUGCACGGCCAGAGGCGCAGCAGGAGCGGCCUCGAGUUACUCCGGCGCAGUACCUGCGCCUGUGGAUUGGUGUCGUGGGCGGGUGUGUCGGCUUGCAUGUGCCUGUUGCGCUUGCUGCAGCCGAUGCAGUCGCGGAGUGA